AUGUCUCUCAAACGAAAGAGAGACAUGGAGGAUAUUCUCAAGUCGAGAAUCAUCAAGUUCAUCAUCGGCUCUGAGAAAGCCGAGUUCACAGUUCAUUCCAUGAGUAUUGCCACCCUAUCGGAGAAGUUUCGCUCCAUUGUGAGCUUCAGCCAACCUGGCGAGAAUGAAAAGAUUGUGACUUGGAGCAACGUCGAGACAUCUACUUUUGUCAACUUGGUGGAGUACGCGUACAACAAGGAUUACACCAUUCCCCAGCUCGCCAGAACGGGCGACAUAAGCCAGGCUACUGCUCAAGACAUGGUUGCUGGUCCUGAGAUUGCUAAGAAGAAAAAAAUCAAGAGUGAACAUGCUUCCUCGCCUGCCAAAGUGGAUAUCGUGAAGCGAAAGACAAACACCAACGAGGUCGAAGCGGCAAUCUCUCUGCAUACAUGGAUGUUGGAGAUUUCUCAAGGUGACGAGAGUCCACAAAAGUCGAGUGCUCAAUACAGAUUUUGCCAGCAGCACUUCUCUCUCAACACACCGGCCUCCGAUGGAGCAGUCACCGAGUCUAGCUUUGCGACUGAGGCAUGGCUCAUGGAUAUUCAGCAGCAUCGCCUUACCGACUACGAAACCGUUUUUCGCACACACACGAACCUGUACAUUCUCGCGAACAAGUACAACAUCACCGAUCUCAAGGAUCUCUGUUAUCGCAAGAUCCGUCUAACCUUACUGUACGCUCCUACUGCCGAUCAACUGUUUGCUGCCCUUUUCCAUACCAUCCGCAUCGUCUACGACAAUACAAUCCACAACGACCCUCUGCGGUCGCUACUCGCUAAGUACUGCAUAUCUGACAUGGCAAGCAUCAUGAGUUGCAAGGGCGAUGAUCGGAUCGCUCCUUUACUCAAAAGCGUUCCUAGCUUUGCUGCCGACUUGCUCCUCGAGAUACCCCACGACUACUGGGUACAGAUCAGGGAUGGAGGACAAGCUUGA